UACGGCGAGCCCUCCACUUAUCGCAGAAGAGAAAAACGCUCGCGACACAUCUCGGAAAAAAAAAACCGAACGAUUAGAAGUAGGUACCAAAAAUUGAUUAAUCAUUUCUUAUCUUAAAAAUAAAUAAUCUCUUAUAUCAAAACUUUCAAUUUCUCGAAACCUUCUUGUGUGCGUUGCCCGGAUUUUAGUCAGUCAGUUACCGAACUUUCACCGUGCAUCGUGUUACGAAUGUAAUGUGGUACCAGUGACCGAGCUAAACGUCAUCAAAUAAACCUAAUAACCACAAAAUGGCUAGUGAAAUAGUUGGAGGUUUGGAGGGUGGUGCUUCAAAUUCAACAGCAAUACUUCUAAAUCCACAAGGUCAAGUGAUUGCUACAGCAAAAGGCACAGGAACUAACCAUCAUCUAAUUGGCAAGCAAGAAUGUUUUAAAAAAAUUGAAAAUUUAUUUAAUCAAGCUAAGAAACAAGCUGGAAUACUUUUGGACACCCCCAUAGCAGCUAUUGGAUUAUCUUUGAGUGGUUGCGAAGAGGAAGAAUCAAAUCAAGAGUUUAUGAGAGAAUUAGCUAAAGCUUAUCCUAAUUUAGCUCAGCAAUAUGCCAUAGGCUCUGAUACUAAUGGUUCAAUUGCUACUAUAAGCAAUAACGGUGGCAUCGUUUGCAUAGCUGGAACAGGUUCUAACACUCUUUUAAUUAAUCCUAACGGUGAAAGAGCGCAAUGUGGAGGCUGGGGCUCUGUGCUUGGAGAUGAAGGUAGUGCCUGGGACAUAGCUAGAAAAGCUAUUAAAUAUUGUUUCGAUGAUUUAGAUAAUUUCGAGCCAGCACCUUAUUCUAUAGACAAUCUAUGGAACUUGGUACAAAAAUUCUUCAACAUCAAACAACAAACAGGAAUUUUAGAUUAUAUUUAUAAAGACUUUGACAAGUCGCGUAUAGCGCUGAUGUGUAAAAGUGUUGCUGAUUUGGCUAGAGAGGGUGACGCUUUAUCCAGCCACAUCUUUCAGCAGGCUGGAAGAGAUUUGGCUAAAAGUAUAGCAGCUGUAGCAGGCAAAGCUUCCAAAGAACUUACCAACAGAGAUGGUGGAUUACAUGUUAUUUGUGUUGGCUCGGUUUGGUUAAGUUGGGACUUAUUACAGUGCGGAUUUACUUCGUUUUUACAAAAAAAUACUUCCAUGAAAAAGUUAACUUUGCUACGUCUUAAAACUGAAAUGGGAGUUGGAGCGGCUUAUAUGGCAGCCGAUAGAUUGAAUUUGAAGUUGGAAAGGGACUAUUCUAAAAAUUAUCAAGUUUUUUCUGUGUAUAAUCGGGCGAAAAUGUGUAACGGCGUUGGCCUUUAGGAAUGGCCUCCAAAUUAGAUUUUUUUCAAGAGUUAAUUAAUUGCGACUGUCCAAGUAAACUUGUAUUGAUUUAUUUUAGUUUUAUGUCAUCAAUUUUUUAGUUGGAAUGUUUCUUUGUAGGUAAUCCAGUGUAUUGUAUUUAUAAUUUAUUCAAGUAACAAAUUUCAAUUAUUGAUUCGAUUUCUUCCACAAUUACUUAUUAGGCUUGGUAAAAUUACACAGUGGUCCUUCAAUAAAUGUGCAGAAAUGGUAACUUAAAUAGAAAGCAGUAUUUUAAUGCUUCAUAACCAUAAGGUACCUUCAUGAUUUUAUAUAUGUUUAGAUUAGAAUAUGGUUUUGUAAAAGGACUUAGUACAGUUCCUAUUGAAAUUGUUCUAUUUUUUUUGGAUACAUUUUAAAUAAAGUAUUAAACGUUUCACCCUAAUCAGAGACAGAUUUUAAACAAAUGAGAAUAAUUGAUGUUCUCACAAUACCAUUAAUAAAUACAUAAUCAUAUUCCAUCAAAAUUUACUCAAAUUAUUGUAGGUCCAUGCCUAUUUUUUGGUCACAAUAUCUGUUUGCCUUAACCUGAUUUUUCCAAAAAAAAAAUGUAUUAAUUUUUUCAAAUGUCAUUAUUUGUAUUUAUUGAUAAUAUUUAUAAGUUAUCAUAAGUAUUUCAAAGUCAAAGUUUAUUGUACCAUACCGCGAUAAAUCAUACUAUACCUCUGAAUAAACACUAAUUAUUGUUGUUUUUUUUUUUGUUGUAAAAUGCUUUAAAUUUUCCCUGUUUUUAAAUUGUGUUUUUUUACAUAUUAUAGCAGGUCUUAUCGUUGGCUUAUUGAUAUCAUUGACUAGAAAAACUAAUUAUUAUGUGUGUCUAUGUAAAAAAAAAAAAUAUAUUCAUUAUGUUUUUUACCUAAUUUUGUUGUUUUUUUUUUCUUCUUAUUUAUAAUCCUAUACUAAAUACC